GCAAGGAAAAACCCGCACACCCGUACAGCGCAUCCCAAACCAAUCGUGAACCGUGCCCGAGAAAAUGGUGCCCAUCGGGACAGAAGAAGCAACGCAGAGGUGAACGAGCGCUAGUGUGUGUGUGUGUGUGUGUGCGUGCGCGUGUAUAGAAUGCGGUAGAGUGUGUAUGUGUGCGCGGAGUGGGUACGUGCGUACGAGCGAGGUUUGCGGCAGUGUGUGAGUGCUCUGGUGAGGUGGCGCCCGCAAUCGUGGCAGUGUGUGCGUGUGUGUGCGCGCUUCGGUUGGUUGCUGGCGUAUGUUUUCGUUUUGGUCGGUCGCAGGAGCGUGAAAAAACGUGAUCCUUCAGCUCGCUGCCACAGAACGUCCCAACUUGGUGUGGAAGUGGGUGGAAGCAGUCAUCACCAUCCUCGGCAUCCACGGACGGGAAGCGGGGACACCCCCACUGUAGAGGAAGCGACUUGUACGAAGCGAACAGGCCAAAAACGGGACCCCGCCGUUGCCCAGCAACUCCCUGGUCCGACAGGGCGAAGGGACAGUUCCGGGAAAAACCUCUCCCGCUCUCGCUCUGGCUCGAUCUCACUCACUCUCUUCCGCUCCGUGUCUUCACUCGAGCAAGGCCUACUGCGGCGAACGAGAAAAGAGUCAAACGAAACACAAAGAAGGAGGAAAAGCCGUCAUUUUCCUUCCAGCAUUUCGCCCCGCUAGCUGAAGUGUUUUUUUACGAAGGCGUAGUAAGGACGGCAUCGCAUCGAACGCGCGCGCGUGUGUGUGUAGUUGUGUGUGUGGGUGUGCUAGCGUGCGUGUGACCACCACCCGGCACACACACACAAGCUUCCCUUGGCCCUUGGUGAGGGAAAACAGUAUGGCAAGCGGGAUUGCCACCGGCAGUCCUUACGGUGGAAAAGCGCUGCUAGACAACAACAACAACAACGGUUGCGAAGAGGCAGAAGCAGCAGCGGACGAAACAGUCCUGUAGACGUGGUGUAGCGCCUUCUCUUCUUAGUUUCUCCUCAUCAUUCCCCCCUUCGUGUCAUCGCGCCAAUUAAAGGAGCAGCUGCAGCUGAAUUAACGCCAAACGCAUUUUCACCGGCUUUUCCGCGUCCAUCUGCCUGUAUGUGAGUGUUAGUUUCUGUGUGUGUGUGUGUUUGAUAGGGAAGUUGCGUCUUUGCUUCCGUUGGAUUUUCCGAAUCAUUUCCGGCUUUUCCGAAAGGACAGCUCCCCUUUUUCUUUCCGUCAUUCUCACCCCGUUUUCGGUCGGUCGGUCGGUCCUUUCCAUCAGUGUCGCGAAAUUGCGUGCGGUGUGUGCGUACAAAUAAGUGUUUGCGUGUGUGUGUGUGUGUGUGUGAGUUUGCAUUUCGUGUGCGUGUGCGGUCAACGUAGCUUUCUCUUGGCGAUCGCAAAAAAGCAAAAAAAAAAAAGAAGAAAGCGAAUAGGCAAAAUUGUUCCUCAUUUUCGUGAGUGUGUGCAUGUAGGUGUUGUUUGUGUGUCCCAUCCCCAUCUCUUUCUCUAUCUAUCUCUUGGUGCGCUUAUCGAGGUGCGUGUGUUUGUGUGCAUAUCAUUUGUACGUGUGCCAACGUGUCCUCCCGGCCCUUCGCCAGCAAAGAAGAACGAGAUUUUCCCUCCCGUGUCUAUCAAAACAUAACGAUUUCAAGUUUGGAAAAUCCUUCUCCCCCCCCCCCCCCCCCCCCUCGAGGGCCGCUGUGUGUAGCGGGGAGGUUGACCAGUGGGCCAGUUCAAAAUCAUACAACGCAACACCUUCCUUCCUUCCUUACCUACUCUUCAGCAACGGUGGUGGCAACGUGUUGUUGUUGUUGCAUCUCCAGGGACGAAGCAGAACAGGCAACAGGCGGCAGCAGCAGCAGCAGCAGCAGAAGUGUUAAACUCACGAAACAGUGAACAGAAUAAAGCCACGAAACAACAUCCAACAUCAAACCAGCAAAGUUGCCGUGUAAUUUACGUACACUGCAAACUGCGUAACCGACGGCGGCGUGAACAAGAGCGAGUAAGCAUUGAUGGUCCAGUAAGCGGACGCACGCGCGCGCGAUAGGGUAACAUUUCUUUCCACCUGGCUUGUAUCCAACAAAAACCGCCACAAUUUUGGAGGUAUUGUCAGAGGGCGUUUGUGGUUGCGGUGAGUGUGGUGCAACCAGUGGCGGCGGCGGCGGCGGCGUACCGAGCGGCAGCAGCGGCACGGUUGCAACUUCCGGGGCUAUGGGUGCCCCGUCCAACGGCUCCAAGACGGCACAUUCAAAGGUUGCAACCGGAGGAGGUCAUGCCAACACGCAGACCUCCAGCAAGCGUUCCAGCAGCGGUGCCGACGGUGACUACCAGCUGGUACAGCACGAGGUGCUCUACUCCCUCUCCGCCCAGUAUGAGGUCCUAGAAUUUCUUGGCCGCGGCACAUUCGGGCAGGUGGUAAAAUGCUGGAAGAAGGGCACGAGCGACAUCGUCGCGAUCAAGAUCCUGAAGAACCAUCCGUCCUACGCGCGGCAGGGCCAGAUCGAGGUGUCGAUCCUCAGCCGGCUCAGCCAGGAGAAUGCGGACGAGUUCAACUUCGUGCGGGCGUUCGAGUGCUUCCAGCACAAGAACCACACCUGUCUGGUGUUCGAGAUGCUCGAGCAGAACCUGUACGACUUUCUGAAGCAGAACAAAUUCUCGCCGCUUCCGCUGAAGUACAUCAGGCCCAUACUGCAACAGGUUUUGACUGCCCUGUUGAAGCUGAAGCAGUUGGGCCUGAUCCACGCGGACUUGAAGCCCGAAAACAUCAUGCUGGUCGAUCCUAACCGACAACCUUACCGCGUGAAGGUGAUCGAUUUCGGAUCGGCGUCGCACGUCAGCAAAACGGUGUGCAAUACGUACCUGCAGUCGCGCUACUACCGUGCACCGGAAAUUAUCCUCGGGCUGCCGUUCUGCGAGGCGAUCGACAUGUGGUCGCUCGGCUGUGUGGUGGCGGAACUGUUCCUGGGUUGGCCCUUGUAUCCCGGAUCGUCUGAGUAUGAUCAAAUCCGGUACAUAUCGCAGACACAGGGUCUACCGACUGAGCACAUGCUGAACAGUGCCAGCAAGACGGCAAAGUUCUUCUACCGCGAUGUCGACUCGACGUACCCGUUCUGGCGGUUGAAAACGCCCGAGGAGCACGAGGCGGAGACGAACAACAAGAGCAAGGAGGCACGCAAGUACAUCUUCAACUGUCUGGACGAUAUCGGGCAGGUGAACGUGCCGACCGACAUCGAGGGUGGACAGCUGCUGGCGGAGAAGACGGACCGGCGCGAGUUUAUCGAUCUGCUGAAGCGCAUGCUAACGAUCGAUCAGGAGCGGCGCAUUACGCCGGGCGAGGCUCUGAACCACUCGUUCGCGACGCUGGCCCACCUGGUGGACUAUGCGCACUGUAACAACGUGAAGGCGUCGGUACAGAUGAUGGAGGUUUGUCGCCGUACGGACUCGAUGAUUCACACUUAUAACCUGAGUGUGCAACCAACGACGGCCACGCUGGUGACCAACUUUGUGCCGAACACGACCGAAAACAUGACGAUCACGUUCAACAACCAGGUGCAGCGGAUUGUGCGCGAGCGCGCCCCGACCUACGACAACCAUCUGUACCAGAUCUACGGCGGGCGUAACGUGGGCCGCCAGUACAGCAAUGCCCGGCCGGAUGCGUUCCAGCACCAGCUCGUGUCGAGUAUACUGUGCCCGCCCGGCUAUCAGACAAUGCCGAGCCCCACGAAGCACGUGGUCGUCGGUGGUACGUCGAUGCAGCCCCCGUUGCAGGUGCCGCCGCAGCAGUACGUGAACGUGCCCGUCCCCGUGUCGAUGGUGGAACCGUCCUCCGGCCAGCGGAUGCUGCUCACGAACGCGGUCCAGCCGAACGUGGCGUGGCCGCAGUCGGGCCGGCAGGUCGCCAUCGUACCGUCCUGGUCGCAGCAGCCCGGGCCGGCCCAUUCGCUCAUUGUCGAUUCGGCACCGUUCCUGAAGCUGGAAGGAAUCUACCCGAACCCGCACCUCAACAUCCAAACGAGCCAUCACGAGCCGAAGAAGGAGUCGCCCGUACAUCAUCUGGUUGUUCGUAAAUAUUCCAGCGUUUCCCGGCACGACAAGAAGGAAAACAACCAAUUGUCGCCGGUCAAAAAGCGUGUCAAGGAGAAUACUCCGCCCCACCAGCGGUACAACCGGAGCCACAUGUGCCCGCAGUACCACGACAAUGGUACGGGCAGUGGUGCGACAGCCGGAAGCAGCAGUGCGGUCGCCUCAUCCUCGUCCUCGUCGACGUCCGCGUUCUAUCAGCAGCAGCAGCAGCAGCAACAGCAGCAACAAUCCCAGGUCCCGAGCACUAGUGGCAGCCAGCAGAUGCAGGCACCACCGGUACAACAAGCCCAGGCACAGGCUCAGGUCCCGGCCCCGCAGCACCAUCACCACCAUCAUCAUUCGCAGCAGCAGCCGCAGCUGGCGAGUGGUAGCAGUGGCAGCGGUGGUCACCACAGCCAUCACCAUCAGCAACAGCACUAUCAGCCGGUGGAUUCGUCCGGUCCGAUCAGUGGUGGCGGUGCAGGCAAUUUGCAUCACUCGUCAUCUUCCACCUCGUCGUACGGUGGCAGUGGAAGCGGCGGUGCUGGUGGUUCGUCCGUAGUGAUGGGAGGCAAUGGAAAUAUCCACCAUAGUGGCAGCGGCCACCAUCACCACGGCAGCAGUGGACACAUCCAUCACGGACACGGCCACGCUCAUCAUGGCGGUGGUGGUGGUGCGGGUCAUCAUGGCAGCAGUCACCACGGGCACGGUGGCAGCGGAAGCUACGGUGGCAGCAGCAAGCAGCAGACGAUCACAAUUCACGAUACACCGUCGCCGACGGCUGUGAUUACGAUCUCGGACAGUGAGGAUGAGUCGCCGGAGGUGAAACACAGCACGAGCUCGUCCUCGAAGGGCUCCUCGCACAACGCGGCCUCGGGUCAGGCGUGUACGCGUGGCACACAUCAAUCGUCGUCCUCGUGCCGCGGAGGAGGGGGAGGAAGCGGCGGAAACGGUUGCAGUGGGGGUAUUAAGACGUCCUCGUCCUCUUCAAACGUUGCGCACAAUUCGUCCGCAUCGAACCAGCUCAGUGGUGGAUCCGGUGCCCAUCAGCAGCAACCACAACCACAACCGUCGUCGUACCAGCAGUACGGACAACCUCAGCAGCAACACAUGAGCGUCAUUAGUAGCGGUAGUAGCGGCGGCAAUGGUGCAUCCUGUAGCGGUGGCUCUAGCAGUGGCCGACAGCGCAAAUCGACGGCGGUGUCAUCGUCGGCGACCGCGUGCGUUACGCUCGGGGACAGCGAUGGCGAAGGGGAACGUCGCAGUCCAAAGCAUCAGCCGAUCAAGUACGAACAGCAUGCCGGACAGUCGCAGAAGAAGCGUCUGCUUGCGAUGGCCCAGAACGAAUGUCUGCUGCUGCCCUCGUCCGGCGGCAGCGGUGGCAGCCAGCAGCCACUGCACGUUCCGAAACAGGAGCCGAGCGAGUUUGUCGCGUACGAGUAUCCUUCGCAGCAGCAGCAGCAGCAGGUCGACAAGCGUUCCUCGUGGGCCCCACCAACGAUGGGAUCGUCCUCCUCGUCCUCCCACUACGGUGGCGGUGGACACAAGCGCGAAUCGUCAUCGUACAUCCCGUCGUCUUCAGCAUCGUCUUCGUCCUCGCUGGCCGCAGCAACGGCAGCCGCAGCAGCAGCCGCCGCCGCAGCCAUCCAGCAGCAGCAACAUCAGGGUGGUGGCAGUGGAGGAGGCGGCUGCAGCGGGGGCUCCCUCGGGCAUGCUCCUCCGCCGCAUGCUCACGCCAAGAGCACGCCGACCGGGGCGACCUCCUGGGGCCCCCCGACGGCGGCCGUGUACCGUCAGCAUCAGCCGAGCGCCAACACGCCGCUCGGCAGUUCGCCCGGAGCCAUCCUGCAGCAGCAUCAGCAUCAGGCCCAGCAGCAGCAGGACAUGUACGCCCAGGGGGACAUGUACCGCCGAUCGGCGGUAUUCGUCUCGCAGGCAGCCCCCUACCAGACGGCGUACAAUCGGGUGGUGCCGCCGCCGGCACACAACGCCUCCAGCCGACAGGUGCGGAAGACACCGCUUAGCACUAGCUCGCCGUACGCGUCCAAGGACAGCACGACCAGCACUGAGCGCUUCCCGUCUUUUCCGUUGCAGGUGCUGCCCACACACCCGCUGCCAGCGCACAUUCAGUUCCCGACUGCCCAGUACGGCCAGUUCGGACCGCUGAGCCCGGCACAGAUCGCCAACAAGCACCACUACGCCUGGUUCGGCGAGUAAGCUGCUCGGGGAUCCCUCACUCUCUCUAUCCCUCUCUCUCGCUCUCGCCGUGUCUCCGUCUCGCGUAAACUCCACGCAUCCUAAAGCACUCGGACACCGUCGACGUCGUCGUCCCCUAAACUAGUGUGUGUGUGUGUGUCUAUUUGUGUGCUGUUUUAACACGUAUUUGGUCGUCGUCUUAUCGUAAUCUCUGCCGCAACCCGUCAGUUCGGGCAACCGCCAACGGCAACGGGAUGAAGGAUGUGAAGCAGGCCGACGUUGGGGUGUUCCGGUGUUCUUGGUGGUCAUGCUGGCGUGUUUAUAUGGAGCAGUUUUACUGGGGAGCGUUAGCGUUAGAGAGAACAGGGUGUUAUAUUUGUUUGUGCAUUAACUUUUUUCCUUUCUUUUUCUACGAUCGGUGUAGAAGCAUGGGAUAUAAAAUUGUUUGUCGAACGGCGAAGGGCGUUUAGAAUAGCUGUGUCCAUGUCAGCGAUAAUUGUUUAGUUUUGUAGGUUCCCGUUUUUUAUAUGCCCAUUACUUGAAUAUUCGCACGUACACGUGCACGUAUAGUGCGUUCGGUAGUGCGGACAGAGAGAUGAGGAUUAUGUUUACUUAGCUCUUUGCAUACUUCAUUUUUCAACGUGCUUUUUUGUCUACUAUUUGCCUGCAGCAUUGAAUGUGUUUGUUGCGGGAGCAUUCUUCUCCGUUUGAAAUCUAUAUUUUGUAAUAUCGCAUUAGUAUAUCGCGUCUUUGAAGCGAGCAAAACCAGCAAGUUGUACUAGAGUUUAGAGUGUAUGGUGUGUGUGUAUGUCUAUCUGUCUCUCAUAGCGAACAUUGAAAAGAUGUGCUACGUUUCAUGCAAAGUAGUAUUCUAACUGUCCCUUGCACCACAUAGAACCAUUGCUCUACGUAUGCUGAACACGAUGUUUCUUUCUUGUUUGUUUGGAAACGGCCGGCAGGUUGGUUCGGACAAACUUGUCAGUGUAGGCGUGUUACAAGCGGGAAACUUUGAAUUCAUUGAUAAUAAUUGUACAGGAAACGAAGGAAGCAGCUAUGAGCUAGGAUAAACGUUAUACUGUUCAUGAAUGUUUCGGUGUUUCACACAAACUAAGAACUGAAUGGCUCAGAGGAGGAGGCGAUGUUACGGUAAUGCAUUCUUGCUAUAUUUGUCCGAUUAGGUUCUUUUAAUAGUGCAAAACUAUCUUACCUUUAGCGGAAAGCGAGAGGGGAAGGGGGUUUAGUUCUAUAUUGUAUUUUUAAAAUUUUCUAAUUUACGCAGCAACAUAUGGUAGAGGAGUGAGGCAGUGAUAGCCAUCACACGGUUAAACGACUGAUCGAAAGGGUAGCGGCCAAGUGAGAGGAUAGGAUAUGUGUGUGUGUGUACAUAGCUAGAGAAACCUUACGUGUGAGGCAUUUGUGUUUUGAGAUAGCAUUGGGUGAAAACGUUUCACUGCAACAUUAUUCAGUAGCGCGAGCGCAUGCGAAACCAUGCGAAAACAAGGCGAUAAAUGUAUGUUUGUAGCAGGUUCAGUACGCGUGUGUGUAUGGCGGAAAUGUGUUUUUCAUUACAUUUUUUUUUUUUGCACCUAUGGUUGUGUAUCGUCUUUUGAAUUGGCUCUGUUUUCACUUUCGCCAUAAGCAUAACUCGAGUACAUGUAGCACCGAACGAUGAAAGGAAGGGCAUAUAAAGAGCUAUCGUAUACCUGCGUGUAGCGCAACGCAACGGCACACGUUUCAAAAUGGUUGGUACCUGUUGAACAAUUGUAAACUAUUAUAGCAGCGAGAGGUCAAAAGGAAGCAUAACAAUUCGCAUUUAAGUAUUUGGAAGGAAAACUCACAGUGUGUGUGUGCGUGUGCGUGUAGUAGCUUAAUCAGAAAUUUGUCUUUUGUGAUGUUUGUUUCCAAUUUUAAUCAGCGGGAAGAUGGCAGUCCCUGUAUAAUCUGUUUGUCGCGUGAAGUGCGUUUGAGUUUGGAGACCAGCUUUGUAUGAUUAUCGAUCACGUAUUGCGAAAUGCAUUAUUGUAUUUAUUGAAUUGUUCUGCGCAAAUGGCAUUGCUUUGCGUACUCUGUUGACAGUGGAUGUCAAACAGUAAAAGGGAUCAUUAAAGUAAAAUCAUUUAAUUUACAUGAACAUGAAUAUCCAACAGUGUAGAACAACCAACAACACCAUUGGGGCACAUCAAGUGACGGUAACACUCACGUAUGGCUUUAGACAGGCUAACAAGUACUGCACACGAACUGGCUUGUUGUGCUGUGUGCGUUCGUUUAGUUGAGAGCGUAUGGGAUGAAUUAACACUCUAUUUUAAUAUGCGUAAAACAAACAUGUGGAAAUAUCCACCAAUGUUUAAUCAACAAUAAAUUAAUACAGAAAAUUGCCUUAUGUAUGAAACAAAACAGAAAAUAACAAUUACAACUAUAUUAAGUGUAACAAGAGCGAGCGAGCGAGCGAGAGAGAGAGAUAGAGAAAAGGGGCUUAGUUGGUGGUAACAUCUAACAGGGGUAACAUAUAGGUUUAGCUUUUUUUUUCGUUUUAUCAAUAGCGGAAGGCAUCAUCCUGCGGGAGCUAUCUUCCAUGUAAAAACUAUCAUCAUUUUGCGUUGUAUUAAAGGUACGGGCUAACGUUAGAAAAGUUUGCACACACACCACUGCAUAUGGACUGAACGGAAGUUCGCUUCCCCGGCUUUUCAUGCUGCUUCGGCGAGAUAAGUCUUUUUAAACCUACGAAGCGCGUUCCUGAUGCUUGCUUGCAUAGCACGUUUCGUUGCAGCAUUUGGGCGCUGUGUCGCUGUCCAAUUUGCCGCUGCAUUUGUGAAAGCACGUUCGCUCACCACACGUCCACAGCAAGAUCUCUACCGGUUUCUGCAGAACAGUGUCCUCCAAACUAUGCUGACGGGCUGUCGCAUAUUGCAAAAAAAGCAACUAUUGAUUCACAACCCGCAGGUGGUACCGUUUAUCAGCAGAGUCAGACUGUCCUAGUUUACGUAUUGUUUUUCUUUUCUUAUUAAAAGUGCAUAAGUGCUAAAUAUAUCUAUAAUAAUGUAACGAAUCACUUUCCAACCGCACCUUCGAGGGGGAGAGCAGUAGGGAAGCUUUCUUGAUCGGUGGCUUCAUUGGUCAUCCGAGUGAUUUACGUACGUUUUCGUUCUUGUUUUAAUUAUAAUCAUAUAAGAAACACACAAACAAACAAACAAACUAAUCAAUAUAUAGAGAGACUGGCUAUAACAUUACUUCAUUAGCUUAUUGCGUUAAGGUUUUUAUCGUUUACUCUGUACCCUUUUCUCAUUCACUUACGCGUGUAAUUCAUCGGUUUGUGGGUCGUUGUGGUUGUUGUUGAUGCUCGAUUGACACCGGGCACAAUAAUGGCUCUAUAUGUACAGUACCUUCCGUUGUUGGGGUAGCAGCUCACCAGCGAGUUGAUUCGUUUAGUGUUUCACUUUUCCUUGCAAAUAAAACAAAACUUUAGUGUUAGCUGUUUCCCGGUGUGGGGAGUGGGGACAGCAGUAUUCGUAACUCUAUGCAUAUGAUAAUAUUCACGAGAUUAAUCGGUAAAAUGCGGUGGUGUGUGGUUGUAGUACAACCGGCAACCCACACACGCAUACGGUCAAAGGGAAAACUGGUUGAUAUUGUGUAUUGUAUCUAUUCGGAACAAACGUUCGUUUUAUUUCUACAAACAAAUGCGUUCUUUUCUUUACUACUAAUCGAUUGCCUAAUUUGUGCUCACAAUUUAUAUAAAACAACUAAUAUAACUACGUUUAUCAAAACAGCAGAGCAGAGCGGCAGCAUCAUUAGCGUCGCGCCAGCCAGUUUAAAAGAUGGUAUACCUGAUACGGGAUUAUAACAAUAAACAUAACACUAGGAAAACACUGUAGAACAAAACACCAACCAAGCCAAUAAAUGCUCGAUACUCGAGUGAUAUAGGAGCAAGAUAGAGUGAACAAAAAAAAAAAAAGAAAGAAGAAAGAAGAAGGAAAGCAAACACAGCGUUAAUAACUGGUUAAUUUUCAUAUAUUCGUGUUUUGUACUUUCGGCCACCUCUAGGAAGGGUUCCCUAUUUAGAUAAUAUAUACAUACACACACACAUAUGUACGUGUACGCGUGUCAGUUCGGAACGCUGUCCGUUCAUACAGUUAAACGACAAAUUGCUUUUUGACUAAAUGCACACACACCCUACUACUAGCCAUUACAAGCUCGAUUAUCAAUUGUAUCGUAACCGACAAACAACAAACAUUUAAAAGGGGGGCAGUUUUUGGUUGUUGUGUAGUUUCAACACUCUCGCCCCCGAGCACAAGCACGGCACAGGUCCGUCGCAGGGUUGCUCUUUGGAUGGUUCGAAUUAAUGGGCGGAAAAAAAUCAUAUUUUAUCACUACAACACGGUUGGUUUAGUUUUUUUAAAUAUAUAUUUGUGAGACGUCUCCCCGAUCAUCAUACCCCGCCCUGCCUAUUUUGUACGAUAUGUAACUAUUAAUAUUGCCUUAUAUUAGGAGAAAAACAUAUGACAUACUACAACAAAUACUACAAGCGGAAAAAUAAUCAAGCUCAGAGUUGAUAGUUGUAUCAAUUUUCUUUUUGUAUCUAUACCCUCGGUAAAAUAAAAUACGCGCAUCAUUAUACGUGUGAAAGAAUGGAACAAGAUAAUUUAAAAGCAAACAACAAACAAAAACGGGGGAAGGAAGCGAUAUAUUGGUGGACACAAAUGCAUAGACCCUAUUAUCACUUAUAAAGAACAAAACACAAUACACACACUCACUAAACAAAAGCAAAGCAUACAAAGCAAGCAUAAGAGUAUAAUAUAAUUGGUAAAAUGUAUAACAACAUACACGUUUAUAUAUAUAUAUGCAUAUAAAAGUUUAUGGUAACGAAACGCAAAACGCAAAACAACAAAACGCUCUGCCCUCGGGCAGUGAAUAAAGUCAAAAGAAAAAAGUGAAAAAAUCUUUACAAAACGUAAACCCCUCUUUUUUAUACGUCGUUAUGAUUUUGUUUUUUGUUUCUUUUUUGUUUCCUUUUUUUAUAUUUAAAUGUUAUUCCGUUAUUCCGAACAUUAUUUUAGGUAUUCUUUUUUUGCUUUUUGUAUGUUUUCUAAUAUUUUUUGUAUUCUUUGCUUUAUUUUCAGGUUAAUUUUAUUGUAAUGAACUUACGUGUGAAGCUUUUCGGUUUGGUUGCAUUGAACAAUAUAGCCGUGACACAGUAGAAGCAGUUUGAAUAGUAACGAUAGUAAUGUGAUCAAAAUUGGAUGUACGUAUUGUGUAUAUAAACCAAUAAUCGAAACCUUGUUAGCUCUAAUUUUAUUGUUAAAAAAACAAAACAUAAAACACACGUAGACACAAAACUAUGCUACCUUUUUGAGGCAAGGGAUCGUUUGUUUGCCGUGGGUUUUUAUGUGCAUGUAAACGCAGAUAAUAAGACAUACAAAAAACAGACACACACAAGGCAGGCCCAAAACUAUCUCAAUGUUCGGACUGUUUGUAUUUUUAAAUGGGCAGACAAAGUACUAAAAAUGAUCUGCUCCGUCGACUGGGCUGAGAGUAGUAGUGAGUUACAAAAACACAAACACAUUGAAUAGAAGCGAAAUUCAAACAAGAAUUAAUUGUAGCGUUUUGUUGGUGGCUCUUUUGCAUCUUGUUCGAGUUUUUAGUACUACACUGGCUGUACAACUACUGACCGUUGUGAGAUGAGACAAGAGCGAGAGAAGGAAGAACGAAGGGGCAGCUGAAAGUGAAGGUUUUAACAGGACGUUACAACACGAGAAGGGAAGAAAAUAAUCAACAACAAACAUGAUGCUAGAUGAUAGAUGUAUGUAACAGUUAAUAGUGUUCAAUGCACACAGGAGGCACGUAACGAAGGCCGGAUAUUAGUAGUGUUUGUAGGCUGUGUAUACGUAUGUCUGUGUCUGUGUGUUGAUACGUAAAUGUGGAUCAAGGAUCAAUCAGGAUUUUAAUCGUAUUUUCUCUCUAUCUCUAAAUGGUUCCCUCCGUUUUCUAUGCAAACUCGGCCGCGGUCUUCUCGGGUGGGCCGCAAUCCAACACAUGCAUGUUUGUUCCAAAAUACAAAUAAUCGUUCGGAGACACACAGAGGAUUUAGCAAUCAAUCAGUAAAAAGCUGCGAGUGUGUGUGUGUGUGUUGUGAGAUAUGAUAAUUACCUUUGUACUUUCUACUCGUCUAUUUGUGGUUCCAUGAAUGAAUGAAACAAAUCCCGUUUUUACGAACACACUGCAGUAUGCGGCUGUGUGUUUGUGUCUGUAUGUCUAAUGCUUGUAAAACUGACUGUAUAGGGAAAACCCAUGUAAGAAUUGUUCGUUUUGUAAUCAAAACCAUACGGCGCCAGCACACACACACACUCCCUCUCUCUCUCUCUUUAUUCCCCAUAACUCAUCGCGUUUAACGUUUCUUGGCAAAUUCUCUCUAUCUCUUACAUUCCCCUCCCCAUAACCAUCUAUCAUCUCUAUCUCCAUUUUCUCUCCGGCUUUUCAUCAUCAGCAUGGUGGUCCAGUGUUUGACUUUGAGCGUAGUUCCGGAACAGCACGACUAACAAAAAAGCAGAUAAUAAUUCAACUUUAAUCGACAGAACAAAGGACAAACACGCGACACAAAGCAGCAGAAACGCAGCGUAGGAAGGGAAGGAAGUAGGAAAAAAACAAUGAAACGCAUCAAACCGAAAUACAUAUUUGUGAUAAUAAAAUUAACAUAGAGUGCAUAUAUAUAGAGAAGAUAUAUAUACAUAUACCAUUAUACAUAUUAUCUAUACACAAGCAGUACAUUUCGAGUUUGGCAAACAGAAAAAAAAGGUUGCUGCAGUCAGCAGUAGAGUGAGGCGAGACCAGGGCACAACAGGCAGUAUUUGGGAGUGUUUCUUCGAUCGAUUGGAUCCAUUUCUGGUAGCCCUGGUGUGUCUACUCUAAAAGCAGCUGAUGAAUGAUUAGACACACAGUCGCACAGAGAGAUAGAGAGAAUAACAAAACAAAUAAUACAAAACCAAAAGCUUUUAUAUAACAAAGAGAAACUCGGUAGAAAAUAUGCUUAGAGAAGAUUUGUUUUGUACUAAAAAUAAGAUAGCAGCAGAAGGAUAGUGGGGGGGACAAAAAAGUAAAAUAAAAACCAAAAAUUAUACAACAUAACCUUAACGUUUGAUGCAGAUGCUGCUAAAGUGCAUCAUUAUUUAGAGGAAAGGAUAGUUGACGAGACAGCAGUAGUAGAGAGAGACGUGCUAGUAGUGACAGCUCCAGUUUCGAUGUAAAAGAGCACCUAGAGAACGAACCACAGACACACACACACACACACACACCUUGAAGGUGACAACAAAAACCCCAAACUUUACCCAAGCGAGCGCAUAAGAGCGACACCCCCAAACAGGUCCAAAAACAAGUUUUAGUAGUAUUUCUAUGAUAGGCAACAGAUAACAGCAAACGAACAAACAAACAAACAAAACCAACCCCCUUAUCUUCACAUACUAACAUAAUCUGAACGGCCAAUUUACAAGUUUAUUAGUGUCGCUUUGUAAACGAAUCAUACAUAAACAAAACAAAGCUUAAGUACUAACCACUACUGUUAGAAGUGCGGAAAAUCGGUACUUACAGUUUGCUACUUUUGACACACUCCUUCUCCUUCUCCUCCUCCGCCUGUUCCUUCCACUACUCUUUGCAUGGAGCAGCGUGUCGCCCCACGCCCCGUACCGGAGUGAGUGACUUUUUCACACAUCCCAUCGAUUAGAGAAAACCGGAUAUAUGUAUAGCUUUGUACAGUAGCUGCGCUGCGAUGAGGUACCGUUUGUGUAGUACGCAGCGAAAGUAGAAAGGGAAGCAUAAACCCUAGCAGCAAACGUUUUCUGCAGAACCAAACCAAACCAAGCCGCCGCCGAGGUUAAAGGUUAAACCUAACAGUUACAGUGUACGUUUUUACCAAUAAUGUGAAAUCGAAUCUCUUUCAAAACUCAAUCGCAGAAACGUGUAGAGGAUAUUAUAGGGCAGCGUUUUAUAUACAGGGCUUCUUAAUAGUUACACAAACACACCUAAACACACACACAUACACACAGAAUUAUGCAAAAAAAAACCAAUAACCAGUAACAACAAAUGGGAAGGGGCGGAAAAAGGAAACAAGGAUAUUGUGUGGCGUACGUUUAAGUGGUAAGCAAAAAACCAGUACUUUCAUGAAACAAUAAAACAAAUUAGUUUAACAUGCAGUGCAGCGAAAAAGAAAGAGAGAGAGAGAGAGAGAGA